AUGAAGAAAGGUAGUGAGAGAUAUAAAUUAUAUUUAAAGAAAGUUAACUAUGAAGAAAGAAAGUUAGCUAUGAAGAAAGGUAGUGAGAGAUAUAAAUUAUAUUUAAAGAAAGUAAACUAUGAAGAAAGAAAGUUAACUAUGAAGAAAGGUAGUGAGAGAUAUAAAUUAUAUUUAAAGAAAGUUAACUAUGAAGAAAGAAAGUUAGCUAUGAAGAAAGGUAGUGAGAGAUAUAAAUUAUAUUUAAAGAAAGUUGACUAUGAAGAAAGAAAGUUAGCUAUGAAGAAAGGUAAUGAGAGAUAUAAAUUAUAUUUAAAGAAAGUUAACUAUGAAGAAAGAAAGUUAACUAUGAAGAAAGGUAAUGAGAGAUAUAAAUUAUAUUUAAAGAAAGUUAACUAUGAAGAAAGAAAGUUAGCUAUGAAGAAAGGUAGUGAGAGAUAUAAAUUAUAUUUAAAGAAAGUUAGCUAUGAAGAAAGAAAGUUGGCUAUGAAGAAAGGUAGAGAGAGAUAUAAAUUAUAUUUAAAGAAAGUUAACUAUGAAGAAAGAAAGUUAACUAUGAAGAAAGGUAGUGAGAGAUAUAAAUUAUAUUUAAAGAAAGUUAACUAUGAAGAAAG